CGCUCAUCCCCGCAGGUUGUCUGCUCCCUAAUAAGCAUAGUAGAACUAGAACCAAAUCUAUCCAUUAUGGACGACAGCAGGCUCAUUAUCGCUGUGGACUUUGGUACCACUUACUCUGGCAUUGCUUAUUGCUUUGCAAACCAACGAAACAGCUGUCCUAUUCCCAUCGAUAACUGGCCUGGCGCCACUGGCAUUGAUGUGCCAAAAACUCCCACUGUUAUUUGCUAUGACAAACAAAACCCUCGGAAUUUUGUCUGGGGUGGUAGUGUAGAGCCCCAGGCUGACAGCAUAUCUGAUUUUAAACUAUUGCUUGAUCCAUCGCAAAAAUGGCCAGAAUAUAUCCCCAUAAUUAACAUUACAAAAAAACUCGAAGAGCUGCCGAAAUCGCCUACUGAGAUCACUGCUGAUUUCAUAGGCGCUAUAUAUAACCAUGCAAUUGAGGAGAUAUCUAAAAAGUUUCCCAGAGAUUACGUUCAAUUAUGCCGCAAGGAAUAUAUAUUUUCUGUACCGGCUGUAUGGUCUGAUGCUGCUAAAUAUGCUACAUUAAAGGCCGCUCAGAUGGCGGGUCUUACCCCUGUUCAACUGAUCAAGGAGCCCGAAGCUGCGGCGUUAUGGAUAACUAAGAAGCUCAAUGUUGCUCUCAACUCUGGUGACAUCUUUGUUGUUUGCGAUGCCGGUGGUGGUACAGUUGAUUUAGUAUCUUAUGAAGUCGAGAAUACCAGUCCACAGCUACAAGUUAAAGAAGUGGUACCAGGCACAGGCGGUAUGGCCGGAUCUCUAAAUCUCAACAAGCGUUUUGAAUGUGCUGUCAAAGAGCUUGUUGGCGAAAAGCAGUGGAGCGCGCUGCACCCAAGCAAAGGCUUCCAGCGUGCAGCAUCGCAAUUUGAAAAGGAGAUCAAGAAGGGAUUUCAUGGGGGUUCCGAUGAUGACUGCUUUGAUGAUGAGUUCUACGUAAAUUUUUACCCGGCAAAGCUUGCGGAUAACCCUAAUUGUGGCCUGGAGUCGAAUACGUGGACAAUGGUCGAGGAUGACUUGAUGGAUAUAUUCAAUCCUGUUAUUGGUGAUAUUCUUAAGCUGAUCAAUGAACAAGUUGAGCGCGUCAAGGUGAAAAUGGGAGGAGAAGGGCCAAAGUAUAUUUUCUUGGUUGGCGGUUUUGGCAGCAAUCGAUAUUUGAUGAAACGAAUCAUGAACAAAUAUUCGAAUAUUGAGGUUUUACAGCCACCCGAUGCCUGGGCUGCAAUUGCCAAGGGCGCCGCGCUUUCUCGAAUGUCAAGCGAGGCAACUGUUACAAGUCUCUCCGCGACUCGCCAUUACGGUAUUGCAGUUUCGAGUAUGUAUGAUGAAAUUGAAGACCAGGGAAGACCCUUUAGGGAGGCUAUUACCGGCCGAAUUGUGACCACAAAAAUGUUGUGGUAUAUACACACAGGAGAUAAUCUUUUGAAGAGUGCCCGCAUUCCAUUCCCGGUACUUCGUCAUUUUACUCAACAUGAAUAUGAAACAAAAGAUUUUUGGUUAUUCAUCCCACUUUUUGAAUCUCAAGAGGAAACAGCGCCCCGAUAUCCCUCAGAAAACGAGGCCUUCCGUGUCAAUUGCGAGUUGAUGUGCAGCCUCUCCAAGAUGCCAAAACACCUAUUUAAGAAACAUAUUAACAAGCAUAAGCAAACCUACUAUUUAGUUGCAUUGAAUUUAAUCAUGACACUUGAAGGCGCGCUAAUGACAUUCUCCUUGGAAAUUGACGGUGUGUUGUAUGAUUGCGUUGAAGCCAAGUAUAGCGCAUAAACGCAAGAGUAUGUAUGUAGUAGCAGGAAGCAGCGAUUUACUGUUCAAAGUACCUAUAUAGCCAGCCU